UUACCUAUGGCAAAUGUGGCCAUGAUUGACUAUACCUUGGAGUUCCUAACAGCAACAGGAGUGGAAGAAACCUUUGUUUUCUGCUGUUGGAAGUCAGCUGAGAUAAAAGAGCAUUUACAAAAAUCCAAGUGGUGCCGCCACACCUCUCCCAACACGGUGCGCUUUGUGACUUCUGACCUGUACCGCUCCCUUGGUGACGUGCUACGAGAUGUUGAUGCCAAAUCCCUUGUUCGUUCCGACUUCAUUCUCGUCACUGGCGAUGUGGUCUCCAAUUUUAAUAUAUCCAAAGCCCUUGAAGAGCACAAGUUGCGUCGUAAGAUGGAAAAGAAUAUUUCUGUGAUGACGAUGAUAUUCAAGGAGUCCUCGCCUGGUCACCAUGCCAGGUGCAAAGAGGAUGACAUUGUUAUUGCUAUGGACAGUGCCACAAACCGUGUCCUUCACUACCAGAGAACCCAGGGGCUGAAACGAUUCCGCUUUCCUAUGAGUUUGUUCCAGAACUCUAUUGAGAACGUUGAGGUGCGCCAUGACUUGCUGGAUUGUCAUAUCAGCAUCUGCUCUCCACAGGUGGCUGAGCUGUUCACAGACAAUUUUGACUACCAGACACGGGAUGACUUUGUCCGUGGUCUGUUGGUGAAUGAGGAGGUCUUGGGGAACCAGAUCCAUAUGCAUGUAACGACAGAAGAGUAUGGUGCCCAUAUAUGCAACCUGCUGAUGUAUGAAGCUGUGUGCUCUGACAUCAUCCGGCGCUGGGUUUAUCCUUUGACUCCAGAGAUGAACUUCACUGAUGACAAGAAUCAGAGUUACACCCAUUCUAAACACAACAUUUACCGAGGGGUGGAUGUUAGCCUCGGCCACGGCAGCGUGCUGGAAGAGAACGUACUGAUUGGGCAGGGAACGGUCAUUGGCAGCAACUGCUCCAUAACAAACAGCGUUAUUGGGCAGAACUGUAGGAUAGGUGAUAAAGUCAUUUUGGAUGGAGCUUUUCUCUGGGACAGAGUACACAUAGCAGAUAAUGUGGAGAUCCGCCAUUCUGUUAUCUGCGAUGAAGCUGAAGUGAAGGAGAAAGUAAAGCUAAAGCCCCGCUGUGUCCUCUCUUCUCAGGUAGUAGUAGGUCCUGGCAUCACUCUUUCUGAGGGCACAGUGAUCUCUCUGCACCCGCCAGAUGAGGAGGAAGAGGAUGAUGACCAGUUCAGUGAUGAUUCUGGCGUGAACAAGGAGGAAAGCAAAGUGAAACUGAAAGGGUACAAUAAAAAGGAUGUAGGCUCAGAGGGCAGAGGCUACCUCUGGAAAGCAGAUGACAAGAAUGAAGAGGAUGAAGAGCAGAGACAAAGCCUAUGGGGCCCAGCCAUGUAUUCAGAGGAAGAGAGCGAGUCAGACAGCGACCUGAGCAUGGGCUCUGAGGAGCCAGACAGUCGGGCAGCGUCCCCUCAGCUAGAUGACAUCAAAGUUUUCCAGAAUGAGGUUCUGGGUACAUUACAGAGGGGCGAAGAGGAAAACAUUUCUUGUGACAACCUGGUCCUGGAAAUCAACUCCCUCAAGUAUGCAUAUAACAUUGGCCUGAAGGAGAUGAUGCAGGUGCUCAGUAAAGUGAUCCUGGAGUUCCCACUGCAGCAGCUGGAUGCAAACCUGGACUCCCAGAACUAUUUCUCAGCGUUACUUCCUCUGUUGAAGAACUGGACCCCAUUGUUUAAGAACUACAUAAAACGGGCGUCAGACCACUUGAAUGCCUUAUUUGCCAUUGAGGAAUUCUUCCUGGAACAUGACAGUCUCUGCACAUCAAUAGCUAAAGUGUUGAUGACAUUUUACCAGCUGGAAAUUCUGGAAGAAGAUGUAAUUCUCAAUUGGUUCUCUUUGCGGGACACAUCUGACAAGGGAAAGCAGCUUCGUAAAAACCAGCGGCUCCAGAAGUUUAUCCAGUGGCUGGAGGAGGCAGAGGAAGAGUCCUCUGAUGGCGACCAAGACUGACACGGUGGCUCGGCAUGAGAAGAGGCACCUCUCGCUGCCUUUCAGGGCCAAGUGGGCAGGGCAAGAUCAAUGCCAGUGCAUGGUGUGUAGAUGUGGGGCCUGACAUCGAAGUGACUGACAAUCCCAUCAUUAAUUAAGUUGUGUGUUCCCAACUUUGCCACUUCCCUCCCUCCCUCACUUGCCUAGUGGCACCUUAUGUUGGAUGGUUGCAACCCAGUGUAAAAACCAUAAGGGAAAGCCAGGAGAUGGUGAUACCUAGAAUCCCUCUGGAGCCUGGAUACAAUGUACUAUAAGCUAUCUUUUGGGAGGUCCUUGUUACUAAUACAAAGGGAGCAAAUAGAUGCAAAUGCAUACGACACCCUUCUAAAUCUAACCGUUGGGGUUGUGCAAGAAUGGUCAUACGGCUAAGUUAUUUGGAGUCAUUGUUGCUUCUGGAGCGAAGAGAACUCCUGCUGAAGAGACACUGGCAAGGUUGGUGAGUAGGAGCACGUGGAUUAGGAUCUGCAGUGCAGGACUGGGAUUCUAGGAGUUCCUGUGCCUGGAGAAGAU